AGCGUCAGGUGUUCAUCCCCUCUGUCUGAGCCUCGCUUCUCGGGAUCCCCUUCCUCCAUGCUUGACUUUUUGUUCCAGGUGUUUUCUUCCCUGGAGAAAUUGCAAGUUCUCUGUGGAUGGGUGAAGAUCUUUGCCUGACUCCUCAACAUAUUACCCCAGGCAACAUGAGGCUACUCACUGUCAUUUCCUCCUUGACUGUUGAUGCCUCCCAGGAAGAAGGGCAAAGGCCAGCCCCGAAAAACACAAUUGGUAUUCCGAGAAGGGCCUCUGGACGGACCCAAGCAUCCCUAUGGAUCCCCACAGCCGGCAGCAGCCCUCCCGAGACAUGCUCCCAUCAAACGGAUCGACCACAAGACCAUCACUUCUUGGGUGUCUCCUCAGUUUAAGAAUACAGUGGAAGACUGGUUGCCAGCGUACCCAAAGCAGCAGCAGGUGCCUUACAAUCUUCGGAAUCUAGCAAAAGGUUCAAGUCGAAAAGUGACCAAGAAUAGAUUUCCACCUCUGUCCUUUGAGAGUUCAGAGUCUUCUCCCAGUGAAGCUGCUCUGGACAGUCUCUCAGUUACAAAGUGUCCUAUGCAGAAUCCAAAAGACACUGCUCAUAGGCCCUUGGUUCCUGUAUUCAGCCCUCAAAGCUGUGGGGAAUUGUCUCCUCAUGACCUUCAAACUCCAGGUUACAUGUUUAUCCCACCUGGUAUCCAGACCCCAGAACAGUCUCCCGUGAAGAACAGUGGGCAAAUUCCCACAGGCAGUAGGCAGCAUAUGAGAAGGAGUUGCCCCCUCCUAAUGCAUCCUCCAAAGAGCCCAAGCAGUAGGCAGCAAAUGAGAAGGAGUUGCCCCCUCCUAAUGCAUCCUCCAAAGAGCCCAGACCCUGGACCUGUUCUGGUUGCAGACACACCAGAGGAGAACUAUGGGCUGAAGGUAACUUGGAGACGAAGAUAUAAACUUCUUAUGUACCUCAGGGAGAGGGGAAAAUUGAGCAUGAGCCAGAUUCUUGUGAAGACUUGAGUGGAGCCUUGGAACAUUGGUCUCUCUUUACCAAUAACUUGGAUCCAGGAAGGUAGAAGCUUACAUUGCCUCAUGGGAUGGGUUUUGCAAUGCUGCUAAAUCCAAUUUCUGGCCUUUGAAGAGAUCAAAUCAACAGGUUUAAGUAUUAUUUAGGACCCUUGUGGUCCUUCCUAUUGAUUUAAUAGGGAACCAUCAAUCUGGGAAUCAUUAUGUGAACAAAAACAGAAAUUCCUUCACUUGUGUUUUGGUAUUACCAGUUAUUGGCAUAGCAAAUAUGGACCAUUCUUUUUAUAUUUUUCUUCCUGCUAUUUUUCCAGUUUAAAGAUCAUUCACUGCAGUUAGAGGAAAAAUAGUCUACAAUAUUUUCAACAGAUUGUAAAAUAUGCACUUAAGGGUAGGAAGA